GCACACAUUGACACACAGUAAACAACGAACACAGUCGUGCGAUUUUCACUUCUCGACGGUAAAUAUCUUCAAAAAUAUGACUUACCAAAUGACGAGAAGUCCGCAAAAUAUCAUCAGAUUUUCCGAGAUUCCUGAAUUUGACAAUCUGUACUUGGAUAUGAAUGGCAUUAUUCACACAUGUACCCAUCCUAAUGAUGACGAUGUACACUUCCGCAUGACGGAAGAGGCCAUGUUCAAGUCCAUCUUUCAUUACAUAGAGGUUCUGUUCCGCAUCAUCAAACCGCGCAAGGUGUUCUUCAUGGCCGUGGAUGGUGUCGCACCCAGAGCUAAGAUGAACCAACAGAGAGGGAGAAGAUUCAGGUCUGCUCACGAGGCUGAGGAGAGAGAGAAGGAGGCUGUGAGGAAGGGCGAGAAGCUUCCAGAAGAGAAGCGAUUUGAUUCCAAUUGCAUCACACCGGGCACUGAUUUCAUGGUCAGACUUCAACAACAACUAAAGUACUUCGUCAACAUGAAGAUCACCCAGGAUUCAAAGUGGCAAGGGAUACGCAUCUUUCUCUCGGGGCAUGAGACCCCUGGGGAAGGCGAACACAAGAUCAUGGAUUUCAUCCGUACCGAAAAGGCCAGGAAAGGUUACAGCCCCAACACCAGGCAUUGCUUGUAUGGACUGGAUGCAGAUCUGAUAAUGCUCGGACUGAUAUCCCACGAACCACACUUCUCACUUCUCCGAGAGGAAGUACGAUUCGGUAAACAAGCGAAGAGACCGACGACGGUGGAGGAAACGACUUUUCAUCUUCUCCAUCUCUCCCUUUUCCGAGAAUAUCUUGCUCUAGAGUUCAGUGCUAUCAAGGAUAAAAUGGACUGGUAUGAUGCGGAGUGCAUUAUUGAUGACUGGGUUCUACUGGGAUUUCUCGUCGGCAAUGAUUUUGUACCUCAUCUGCCUGAUUUGCAUAUAUCCCAUAGUGCAUUGCCACUACUCUACAAGACGUACAUAGAAGUUUUGCCGACGUUAGAUGGCUACAUCAAUGAGGGCGGUCAUUUAAACUUGGCAAGAUUUGAAAAAUUUAUGAAGGAGUUGUCAAAGUUCGACUAUGAGAACUUUGAUAAUCAGGCCAUCGAUCUGAGCUUCCUCGAGGGCAAACAGGACGAGAAUGCUUGGAAGAGUAAGAGAGUGGAGAUGAAAAAAGCCAUCAGAGAGAGACUGCAAGAAGAGAUGCCUGGUUUCAUGGACAUGGGUUGGAUAGAGAACAAAGAUAUAGACGAACUUUCAGAAGAGGAAGAGGAGGAAGAAGACAUGGAUCCCAUUGAAAUGGAGUUCAGAAUGAGGAAAAAGGACUACUAUGACAAUAAAAUGGGAUUCAAAAAUAUUACCAAAGAGCAACGCGCCAAGAUUGUGAGUGAUUACAUCCAUGCUAUUCAGUGGAUCUUACAUUACUACUAUAAUGGUAUUCAAUCGUGGAGCUGGUACUACCCACAUCAUUACUCGCCUUACAUGUCCGAUCUGAAGGACUUUGCUGACCUCCCUUUGACCUUUGACAAGGGUCAACCAUUCUUGCCAUUUGAGCAGCUGUUGGCCGUCUUACCCCCGGCCAGUAGAGAUCAUCUACCUCAAGCGUACUGGCCGCUGAUGUUGAAUGAGAAUUCUCCUAUUAUUGAGUACUAUCCGUUAGAGUUUGAGCAGGAUCUCAAUGGUAAACUCCAAGCAUGGGAAGCUGUAGUGCUCAUCCCAUUCAUUGACGAGAAUCGAUUGUGGGCGGGGAUGAAGAUGUAUGAAGAUAAGUUGACCAAUGACGAGAGGAAGAGAAACUGCCACAGCGAGCAUCUUCUCUACACCACAGACCUCACUAAGCCACACACCUACAUAUCAUCAUUACAGGGAAAGUUUCCUGAUAUAGUCAACUGUGUUGCACAAUGUGAGCUGAUAAGGAAAGAUGCCUUUCAGAUAGAGAUCAGCAGGCUCAAGAAAGGCUUGUUAGAAGAUGUCCGGCUCGGAGUCUACUUCCCUGGCUUCCCGACGCUCUAUCAUCUUGACUUUGAGCAUAAAGUACGUAAUGCAGACGUGAAGGUCUUUCAGCAGCUUAGCCGAGGAGAGAACUGCAUUCUGAGCGUCAAUGCUAAAGACACCAAUCCUGAUGCUAGAAGGCUUGCUAAAACACUACUCGGAGAAACCGUGUUUGCCGAGUGGCCUCAUCUCAAGGAAGUCAAGGUAGUUGCCGUAUCAGAUGGAGUGUUCAGAUACGAGUUGGUGGAUGAUUCUAGGGCAGGCUCUAUGCAGGAGAUCAAACUCAAACCACAAGAUGCUGAAAAAUGGAAGAGGGAUGCUAAGACGAUAGGGGAAGAGUACUUCAGGAGAAAAGGUGUCAACAUUAGGGAGACCACCGUUAUUCUCUAUGCAUGCCCGAUGCUUGGCAGAAGGUACGUUUGUGGCGUUGGUGGGAAUAUCACAGUAGAGAAGCAGUGGACCCUUGCCCCUAUUCCUUACGCAUAUCAAGUCACUCUGAAGGACAUUGCUGUCCAUGAUCCGAGCUUCCACCAGUUCAAGACCUUGUCAGAGCUCUACCCUGUUGAUGCGCCAUGUUUCAUGCUAGGGAACCCUCACUAUGGAUGCCAAGGACAGGUUCAAGAAACAAAUCAGGAACGAGUGCAGGUUUUGUUUACAAUUCCCACUGAACCAAACCUGGAUUACAUCAAAGCAUCGCAAAAUUCCCACUCAGUGCAAUACCUGGAGAGUUAUGUGGUAGCUCAGCGCUUAGGCAUCUCAUCAAUGCAAGUAUCUAGACUGACUGGAUCUGUGUUUGUGACAAGAGGACCUCGACCAUCGAGGGGUGACCAAGGCUUCCGAGGAUCUAGCGUCAACGUCGGCCUCAACCUCAAGUUCAACAAGUCAGAGCAGGAGGUUCCUGGUUUCACAAGACGCAACAAUGAAGGCAAAUGGAUCUACUCCAUUCAGCUCAUGGAGAUACUCGACGCCUAUCUUACAGAGUUUCCAGCAGUGAUCCAGCACUUGAGAGGCAAGGGAUUCAACGAUUCUCUGUUCGAGGACGAGAUGUUUGCCGGGGUCGUCUACGGUCUGGAGGAGGUGAAGUCGUGGAUCGACAAGCAAGAGUCCACCAAAGCACCCAAGAGCAAGAUAGGGUCCAAGGAUCUGGAGGCACCGGUCAUCAAACUCAUCGAGGAAGAGAUCGAGAAGCUCAAGGAAUCACCAAGUAAAAAGAAAGUGAAACUCUCUGUCAGACCCCAUCUCCUGUACAGGCCUAUGGAAGGCCAAGGAAAUCUGAUUGCAGAUCCCGAUGCAACCUAUCAGCUCUUUGAUAGAGUCAUCAACGUCCGAGAGGGGUUCACCGUACCCCUAGGGCUCAGAGGAGUCGUUACUGCUAUUCAUACAGGGAAUACUGUUCUGGACACCACAUAUGAUAUAGUCUUCGACGAGGAGUUUCCAGGUGCCUUGGAGCUACGGUGUACCGGGAAGCGAGGUUACCGUCUCAACGCCUCCGCUCUCAUCAACAUCAGCUACGGUCAGUCCAAGGUCAAAGGUCACCAGGGGCAUGAGAAGACGAUGGCUGUCGUGAAACCUCAGGUGAAGAACGUGAGUGACCCAGGUCAUACUCAAAGCCAGGAGUACUACAGAAAUCGUAUGGCCCAACUAGGAUCAGCAGAGGCUGCAGGAAGCCCUCGGCCAUCGCAGCCCGGUGGCAUGUACAAACGACCGAACCAGCAGGUCCAGCAAGAAUCAUUCCCUAGCCAGGUGUAUUCAAGGACGAAAGUAAGAGAAGAUGUAGGAGGAUCACCCAUCUCAUACGCCAAAGCUACUACCAACUCCUCUCAGGCCAAGGCCACCGUUCCUCCGGUAAGACAGUCGUCCUCUGCCCAGCAACCCAAGACAGGAAUGCAAGGCUUGGGGAAGAUCCCAGGAGGUAAAGCCGAUGCGAAGGGUGAGAGGCACCAGAAGGGCCACAGAGGAUCUCCUGUCUCUGAGAAGAAGGUCACCAUCCUGAAGCGGAAUCAAGAUCUCGGUGAAGUCCAGGAUGUUGCAAAGGCUGCGGGAGGACGUAGUGAUGACACCAAUCAAAGGAGAGGUGGACAGGGUGAGAGAUUACAGAAAGAUGAUAGAACGGAGAGUGUUCCGCCGGUGGUGAAGAAGACGGUUGAAGUAGAUCAGCCACCGAAGCACCAAGGUUCACCUUCAGCCCGAUUACCGCGCCUUACCAAGGACAAGGUACCUGCUGAAGCGGAAGACGUGGACGAACUCUCUUCAAUCUGGCAGAAGCUGAUGCAGGUACAGGAUAGUCCUGCGAGGGUCAAGGAUGAGGAUGGAGACGGACAGAGGACAAGGAAGACGACGAGUACAACGGAAGAGGAUGAGGAGGGUCCAGAGGAUGAGGAAUAUGUAACAAGCAUGGGGUCUCAAGAUGAAGAUGAGGAUGCUGAGGAAGAGGAUGAUGUGGAGAGGAUGACACCAAACACAUAUCGAAUGACUCAAACAGAGCAGUUAUGUCGCCUUCUCAACAUCAGUUCAGGGAAUCCCACAGAGGAACCAGCAGAGAAAACCAAUCAAACCGCUGGUCAGGAAUCUAGUACAUCAUCGAGAGUAGGGUAUACUAAGCAAGUAUCUGUGGCAGAACUCUUCGAAUCUGCCAAGAACACCAGUGCACCCCCUCGCAGCCCCAUCAGCUUGCCCCAGGGCGGGCCCGUAGUGCAUUCCAAACCCAUGGGACAGGUAGCACCCCACCCUCAGAGUGGCCCUCUGAUGGGACCCCACCCCACGGGGGACAAGGAGACCUUCCAGAAGCCACCCAUGUCCAAGCAGCUGUUCAUGGUACAAGCACCUACUCCGAUUGGACCGCCGGUGUUUCAGCAGCAGCAGCAGCUGCCACAACCGGGCAUGAUGAAGCAACCCUUUAUGGCAUCGUCCCCGUCCAAACUGGAGCAGAUGGAUCAAGGAAGCAUCACGAUGCAUGGCACCGGAAGCCCAAUGCCACCGCCACCUCACCGUAUGCAGAUGUCACCCCAGAAACCAUUCAUGAUACCACAUAUGAUGCCUGGUGAACCGGUUGGGUACCACCAGCCACCACCACCACCAAUGCAUGGACCACAGUACACACCACCCGAGUACCACCAGAGAGGCCCCCACCACCGUGGCCCCGCACCGCCCAGGAUGCCCCCUGGUCCACCGUUCAUGCAACCCCAGGGGCAGGACUAUUACCAGGGACCGCCGCUGAUGGCUAUACCGCCGGCAACCGAGAUGCUGAAAGGCUGGUGCAUGGCGCAGAAACUCCCUCCACCGAAGUUUGCCUUUCACAAGCUUCCACAGGGCAUGGUGAAAGCUGUAUGUACUCUAGGAACCGGUAUCAGUUACGAUGGUCCACCUUGCACAACUGAGUCUAUGGCUAUAGAUAGAGCUGCGGGGGUAGCCCUCCAUAAACUGCGGAUAGCUCCCGUUCACCAGUUGGUCAGGGCACCAUUGCAUCAACCACCCAGCAUGAUGCACCCUCCGAAUAUGAAACCCAAUUACAGGCCAAAAGGAAUGCCACAAGGUUAUCCUCAAGUGAGUAUGGCCCCUGCGAUGAUGUAUCCAUCUCAGCACCAAGAACCUCCAGUACCAGGAAUCUUUGUUCCUCUUCAGGUAACCAAGCAGCUCGCAACAUCCGUGUCAAAACCCAAUAUCCCUGAUGGUACCCAACCAGGAACUGACCCUCACGUUUCGGCCCCUGUCCCUGGCAUGGAACACCCAAGGACUUACCCCAGUCAUCCCCACCCAUCAGGUAUCCCCAAAGAAGCGCAGCUACAAUCCGAUCCAACAGUUCCAAUGUCAGUCCAAGGAAUCCCAGUCCAGGCCCAGACAAGAACGGAACUGAGUCAGUACCCCUAUCCAUCACCUCACGAGCUCAAACAAGCCGUAGACACUGCUUCGGGAAGCAGCAGGCUGCCAGAUGUCACACAAACGAAUGGACAAGGUACCCUGGGGGACCAAACGCAUCUCCAGCCAGAAACCACCACACCUGUCACCCUAGGUGGGACUGAAGAAACCGGGCAGAGCCCAGCUUCUAAGGUCGGGGCACCAUCGAGAUCCAAGAGGAGCAGAGCUAAACUGGCAAUAAGCUUCUCAGCUGGAAAAUGAUUUUAAUUUCAUAAUGUACAACUUACAAAGUACAAGACUGGCUGAUCGAUAAAUGUCGUCAUUGUAGAAGAAAGUCUUUUUAAUUCUAUCAUUCGUGAUUAUUUAUUGUGAAUUAAUUAAGUCAAGUCACACUGUGAAAAAAGGAGUAGGAGAAGACGGUGGUGUUUCAGAAAUAUUUUUGUGAGAUAAGCAUAACUUUGCGAACAACUGGAACAAGUUCAUGUGUGCUUAAUUAGAUUUUUAUCAAUUCCCAUCUGGUAAUGUUGAAACACAUGACUGUAUGAUCUUUGUAGAUUAUAAUUUGUGUAGAUAGCACGCAUUUGAAGUGAGACUUUACUUGUCAGAAUCUGAUAAAGUUCAUAGAAAAUACAAUCCCAUUAAAAAAAAGUGUACACCUGGGAAUUUUGGUGUGUAUCGUUUACCCCAAGCACAAGCUCUAGUCGUGCUUAAAGUCAGGUGUAACUAAAAAAAACGGUUUUAUGAAACACACGUCUGUAUUGCCUCAAUGACAGUUUGGUUGAAGGUACUGUGUCUGUUAUAAGACAACAUUUUUAUGUUUUAUUCUCUCACUACUUUUUUGUCUUAAAUGAAAAGUUGCUAAUAUACAAUUAAUCAAUUUAAUCAAUUCAAACAAUCAUCUACUUCAUUGACUUCUGUUAUCCGGGCUGUGUAACACGAAGGAGAGCGAUUAAUCAUACAAUUAAAAUUUUAUGAUCACUUGCAAGAAAUUAGCAAUGCAUUCAUUCAUGAAAUCAGUUCUACAAUCAAUCUUUAUGUUGUGAGUUUACAGAGCCCGGAAUUACAAAGAGUUACGAUUGAUUCAAUCAGUCUUAACUAUGGAAAUCUAGCAGCGUCAUAAUUCCUCAUAUUUAAUGCACGCGAUGGGUGAUUUCAAGUUCAGUGUUGACCUUUUGUUGUUGGUGUUAGGUCAAUUUUUUCACGAGUAUAACACCAAACAUAAAAUGAAGAUGGUCCUGAAACGUCACUCACUAGUUGAGAUGUCAAUAAUGUGAUCUGGUUCAGUAUUACAAACUCAGAAUAGGUUUUGGAGCUAGGGGAAGCAAUCCAAUUUGUGCUUCCAACACCAACACCGGACUUGAAAUCACCCAAUAUCCCUUUGACAAAAGACAGGAGCGCACUAAUUUUUAAAGACAAAUGAUGAAUGCAUGUGUAUACAUCAUAUUUAGAAAAUGCUUUGAAUAGAAUGUUUACCUUUUUGUAGUUGGCAUUGCUGGCUUUCCAUAGUUAUGACAGAUUGGAUGAAUCACAACUCUCUGUGAAACGGCCCUGGUAUACCACAUUGUGUCGGCAAAUAUAUUGGACAUUUUGUUGAAUUGCACCUUGUUUACCUAAACUCAAUGCUUUUGCUGCAAUCAUUUCACAAUUAUGCCUUUUACUUUUAAUAUAGUGGUGGUUCUUAUGUUACAUCAAUUGCUGGUGGGUGUUUCAUGAGGCUAUUCGUAAGUUACGAGUGACUUUUUGAACGACUGGUGAUCCUUUCUGGUGGUAAAAGAUACAUGCAAGAUUUUCUCUAGUGUUGAUUUAGUUCCUAAGAAAGGAUCACCAGUUGUUUGUGAAGUCGCUCGUAACUUACAAACGGCUUUAUGAAACACCCAUCUGUGCCCCGUUGCAUAAAAGUUACCAUUAUGGUGACUUUGCCAUCCAAUGGUAACUUGCAUGGAAUCCUUGAUUCUGAUUGGCUGAUGACCAUCGUUACCAUGGUCGUUACCAUCGGAUGGCAAAGGUUUUACCAUAUUAGUAACUUGUAUGCAACGGGGCCCUGGUAUGCACUUUAAAAAACCCAGCUGCUGCCCCCUAGUUUCACAGGCAGCUUUGGCCAAAAGAAUUCAGAGGGGUGUUUCACAAAGAUCUAACUUUGACUUAAAGUCAUGCUUAGGCUCCAAAACAUACAUGUUACUUAAUGCAUAAUCAUACUCAUUUAUGGGCAGCAGUAACAUGCGUCCUCUGUUCAUCAUUUGACCAUUGCGGUGAUGAUUAUACCUCAAGCAAGUGUAUUUUUAGUUGUAUUCAAAUCUUUAUAACAUCCCCUCAGCCUCCAGGCGCUUAGGAAGCAAGAAAUUUCACAUUUUGUCUCGAUUUGUACCAUAGUUCCUGGACAUUUUAAUUCCACCCCUGAAAAUUAUAUUUUUAACUAAAUUUCAUUACAUCUACAUGUACAUCUAUGUGCUUUUAGUUGAAUUCAUUUUUUGCAGAAAUUUUAUAGCAAUUUCCAUUUUCCAAUUCUCAAUUCUAUACAUGCAGUAGCCUAUUGUAUGAGGAUUUAUAGAAAUAUUCUGAUGGUUCCAUUGACAUUAAGUUAAUUGAGAAGUGUUUUAUUGCUUAUUCAUCAAAUGAUGAUGUUUUACGCUCGUAUUUCAUAAUAUAAUUGGGACUGCUUGAAUGAAGCUGUAGAGAGUGAACAUGUGUCGAACGCGAAAUCUAUCCGUUUGACGGUAUGUUUCUAUGUCCCUACAUUGUAGAUGUUUUUUAUUGCUCGCAAAGUGGAAUGUAAAUUAUUUAUCAAAUAAUUUGUCAUUCAAUUUUUACACUUCAGUUCAAGCAAUGUCUUUGAAAUGAAAGAAAUUAUGAAUAGAUUUGGGGCUCAUAUAGUUAGUAGUAAGAAAUAUCAUCAUUCUCUUUAGAAUUGGACAAAAUAUGCGAAGAAAACCAUUGACUUUCUCUUGUCAGAAGGCCUAUGGUUUCUUGCAGGUAUUCUUGCAGUAUUGUACAAUUACGGAAUACUAGUACAUGGUUGAUACACAAAUAUGUGCUAUAUCCAUGUACUUCAUGUAUGAACUGUAACUAUGUCAUAGGGACAUACAUGAACCAGCAUCCAGGAAAGGUUAAAGAGAAAUUCCAGUAGUUGCAGUAAACACUGAUUUCAUGAGAAAGUCUGUAAAACCAGGCUCUAGAGGAUCUAGAUCUGGUACAGUUACAUAAACUGAACUUUGUGAAAUCUUGAAAUCUACACUGAAAAAUGUUCAGACUGAACUUCCCCAACACAGAUAAGCGCACGUGGGACUGUGUAUAAUUAUUGCUUUGAGCGUCCGGCCCGACGCUCUACCCGAAUCAUGUGCUUAUUUGCUGAUUUCUCAGCAAUUACACAAUUUCUUCCAGAAUCCUUUGGCACAUGCGUUUUAUUUAUACAAACAGACACUUUGGUGGUCAUUUCAUUGGAUUCUGUACGAACUCAUUUUGAUAUCGUUACCAAAACUAGCAUUUACCUUUAAAGCAAUCAUUCAUACAGAGGUUUCACAAACUAAAAUUGAUUUGAAAUCGAUUUUGGGAUCCAGAAUGGUCUGACCCCAGAAUGAUACAGUCCGAUGCUUUUAUUAAGUUCCAUUGAAAUUGACUGAGAAAGAGUAAUGAUCAAUUGAAAUACAGUGUAUUACUUAUUAUAAAAUCAAUUUUAAGUUUAUAAAACUCCCCUCGUGUCCAAUUUUGAAGCAAUUAUGUACUGUACAUGUACCUUGAGUAAUGUGUCGGAAUAUUCAUGAUUUUUAAAUUAGUCAAUAUUUUUAAUUUUCAUUGUUAAGCAGCAUCUGUAAUUGUUUAAUUUAAGAAAACAUGCUUCCUACAUGUAACUUAGACAAAACGAUUCUGGAUUAAUAUGACAAUCAUUUGAAUUUAAUUGUUUUGCUAGGAUUUAUUUUAAAAAUUGAGAUGGAAAUUUUUCGCAGUGAACGGUCUCUAUCAGUGUUGAAACACAUGUAGUCUAGAAUUUGCCGCAUUGGAUAAUUAUCAGUAUUGAUUAUAAAUUUAUUUGAUAUAAUACAAAAAAAAGUGGAGAGAUGAGGUCAUCAGCUCAUUCGUACAUGUAGCUUAUUAAUGCUGCCAUGCAUACAUCUGUUUCACUGAAAUAAUAGCACACUUUAAAAUUUGGCGUUCCCGUUUAGCUUUAUUUUCAUGAAGCCGUCCUGUAAAAGAAUGUGUUUGUUUUACGUUCAUUGUCAUUAUGAGGGAUAAUGUUCUCUGAUAAUUUGUCGCUCGACUGAAUGUAGAGCUCAAAACCUUGCCCUGAAAUGAACUGAAUAAGCCUCAAAUAAAACCCAUAUUUUAAAAUA